CCGGGCUCUUAAUUGGGUGAAGCUUGGUAACACAGCAUGGCUAACUAACGACUUUUCACGCACAAAACGCAAAUUAGGUGCCUCAAACAUCAUCACCAAUCAGCCAUUUUUUUUUUCAGAGCACACAACGAUACCUCCAUCUACAUCGAGAGCGCAUACCAACCCGAAGUCACCGAUAUGGCAUCUUCCACAAAGCUAGACGAACUCAAGGAACGACUGCAGGAUGAUCUCUCCUUACAAACUUACAUGCACGAUACUUACAACAUCUUCACGAUCUUAAAAGCAGAACAUGAGCUGGUGCUACCUUCUUUCACAACCGACGAUGCAUGGGCUAUAUGCAGCGCCCUCCGCGAGAUCUUGUGCAGCAUGCCGGCUGUCUCGGCCGUGGUCGAUGUCUCCCUUGCGAACUCAAAUCACGUCCUUGCCCAUGCUACGACACACGGCACAUGGCCUGAAAGCGAUAUCUGGGUAUCACGCAAGCGUAACACAGUGUGCCGAUGGGGUCACAGCACGUGGUAUAUGGCGCAAGCGCAAAUGGGCUCUGGCGUCCCAAUGGACCAGAUCUCCCCACACAAACUUGAAGAGUCUUUUGCGCUUGGAGAAACCGCAAGCGACUACACGGUCCAAGGAGGUGGAUUUCCGAUCCGCGUGAGAGACGUGGAAGGUGCCGUGGCUGUCGUUGUUGUUCAUGGACUGUCGGGGAGUGGAAGCCUGGACCAUGAACUCAUCAUUCAGGUCCUAAGAGCAUAUUUGCAGGAUCUCGCAUCUUCAAGGUAGAGCAAGGAUCUUCGACAGGGGAGGAUUCGGGACUCUGUUAUCUUCAUGGAGCAUUGUUAGCUUUUCCGUUCUUUCUAUAUCCUACGGAACAUAUGGCGCUUCGCAGGCUGUUCAUUCAGUAGUCAGUUUGGCUCGUGGAAGACGGACGACUGCUUAUUGUCAAAUAUCCCCACAAUACGUCUUCACCGCUUCUCCUUCUCUCCUCCCGUGUUUCCUCUUUCCGCCCUUCCCUUUCCUCUGUCGUCUGUCAUCGGCAAGGCAGCACAAUGAGAAUAAUGAGGAGGAUAUAUGGUG